AUGUUACUGUAUAAAUUUAUAAAUGUUUUGUUGUUUGCAGUGUUAGUGUGCGCGCAGAAUCCGCCUCCUAGAAACCCCAGGACUAUACAAACGUUUCUUACUAGCGUUGGUGAUUUAUUCGGGUACGAUGUGUUCAAACGGCCUAGAAUAGUGAUUAACAUCCCCGCUGCGUUUCCAGCAGGUGCACCUGCACCGGCACCUGCACCUGCGCCGGCUCCAGCGCCUGCUCCUGCAGCAGCUCCAGCUCCUGCGCCAGCUCCAGCUCCAGCACCAGCCGCUCCACCUGCGGCAGCGGCAGCUGCCUCUCCUGUGAUAGCCGCCCCUAACUUGUUAACCGAGAGUGUUCGACGGCAAUUCAGUAUUAAUUUAAACUGGGAUAGAAACGCUUCACCCCCUCAAAACGACCCUGUUAUAUCUGCUGUGGUUGUGUCACCACCGGGAUUAUCCGUACCAGCUGCAGCUGCUUCGGCUCCAGUAGCUCCCCCUGCAGCUCCUGCUCCAGCUCCAGCAGUACUGCAAGCACCGCUGCCUCCCCCACCUUCUCCCAGACAAAGGGAAAGAGAACAGGAAAGAGAUAGAGAAAGGUCAGUUGAUUAUGAAGAACAACAGGAACGAGAGGAAUACGAAGAUCGGCCCAAACGUUUUCAUAUCGAUAUACCAGACUACACAAAUCUAGAAGAAUUAACAGAAACAAAAAGAGAAGUUGUUAAUAAUGGAGAUGCGUCGAAAGUAAGGUUUAAAGAGGACUUUCAAAACUACUGGAAAAAUGCUCCCUGGAAAGUCGAACAAGGAUACAAGUACAUAGUUCCCCAAGAAUCAGCUUCCCAAGUCACUACAAACUUGAUGGCAGUGAAUAAUCCAAACGCAAUUCCACAAGAAUUAUCCAAGUACGAGGAGCUACCCUUACCCAAGGAAAACAAAGUACGUAGUUUAAAAAUUAUUAACAAUAUAGGUGUUUACGCUAAAGAUUCUAUCUCAGCACCAUCUACUCCUGUAACAUAUAUCCAAAAAGCACCAUACAAUGAUGAUUUUCAUCAAGAACCCUCAUAUCUAACAUCAAAGGUGGUUAAUGCAGAGCUUCUUAACUACUUCAACCAGAAAAAUUUCCAAAACAAUCCAAUCAAAGUUAGCAACCAAGAAGCAGAACCAUCUUAUCUUACUUCAAAAGUAGUAAAUGCUGAAUUACUGAACUUUUAUAAACAAAAAUUUAAAGAGGAUGCUGCCAAUAAACAACAAGAAGUUGACCAAACAGAACAAGUAGAUCCUAAUAAUAAUCAGCAACAGUUUUCAUUGCCAUAUACACAGGAAGGUAACUAUGAAAAUGCUCCUUUUAAUAUAUAUUCACUUCCUCAAAAUUACCAACAAGAGAUCCCAGCUGACACCCCAGUGAUAAUUAACUAUAUCCAAGAAGGUAACCCAUUAGAUUUUUAUGCCAAACCUCAAUCGAAUUUUAAGAUUGAAGUUAACAGCGAGGAAGCAAGUGCAGAAAAAGAAUCUGAACAAAACCAAAACGAAGAUAAACUUGAAGAAACGAACGAAAAGCAAAAUUACAAAGAAGCAGAAGCCGAAGAUACUGAUGAUAGAAAGACUAUUAAUAUAUUUGACAAUAAUGCUAAAGAAAACCUUGAAGUAGAACAUAUCUCUGAUAACGCAGAAGAUAACGAAAAUGAUGCUGAAGGACAAAAAGAGGAAUCUAAAAAAGGGGAAACUGAAAAAUCUAAUCAAGAAGUUGAUGGAGAUGAUUUGCCUAAAGAAGAACAGAAAGAACAGACUACACAAGAAGAAGAGAAGGAAGAAGUUAAAGACGAAGAGUCGGAUGGAGAGUACGAAAAGGCUAGAGAUACAACCUACGACAGUAAAGAUAUAGACAGUUUUAUAAAAACCCACUUUGGAGAUUACAACCCGCCAGACUAUGACAAGAUUCGGGAGCAAAUAAUAUCUGAAGGUGAUGAAAGAGUCGAACAUGCAUCUGAAUCUUCUGAUAACGAAGAAAAAGGGGAAUCAAAAAAUGAAAAUGAAGAAUCUAGAAAUGAAAAUCAAGAAUCCAGAAACGAAAAUGAAGAAUCCAGGAACGAAAAUGAAGAAUCCAGAAACGAAAAUGAAGAAUCUAGAGAUGAAAAUGAAGAAUCCGAAUCCAAGAAUGAAAAACAAAAGUCUACAGAUGAGAGGGAAGAAGCUAAUAAUGGCAAUGAUAACGAAAACGAAGAAAUAGCAAAAAUCAAAGAACUGGAACGGCAACAUGAACAGGAGUUCCCCUCAGUGUUUCCGAAGUUGGGACAAGGAACGGAAUAUGAAGAUUUUUAUAAAGCAUUUAAAAAAGACAAAUCAGCAAAUAAAAAGAAUAUAAAAGAACAGGAAAAAGAAAAUGACAACUAUUAUAAAAACUUAAAUUCUGCCGAUGAUGAUGGUGAUGAAAAAAGAGACUCAUCAAAAACUAUUGAAAAGUUUAAGCACAAAGAUGAGAAGAAAUCAAAAUCGCUGAAAGAAAAAGAAAAGGCCAAAGAUUUUAACGUACAUGAUAGUUACAAGAAAAUCAAAGAUGCUUUUACCAAAAAUCUAGCGAAGAAUAACAAACACAAGUUUCCGAAGGACAAAGUAAAGAAUUAUGUUAAGUCUGAACCCAAGAAGCAAUUUACUGAUAAAGACAAUCACGAAUCUACAGACAAGACAGUGAUUCAUCCUCUAUACUCAGGUGUCUGGCGUAUCGGCAGCCUUUCCGAGCUCUACAAAGCAAACAAACCUGUAGCGGUUCCCUUUGAUCACGACUACAGCGCCUCAGAAUAUAGGGAUAGGAAUAAUCGGCCAAAAAGAGACCUAGAGGGAUACGAGGACGGGGCAGCACAAGUCAGGCUUUACGAGAAGGACAACGAAUAUGUGCCUGAACAGUAUAACGAAGAAUUUUCUUAUGACAUCGACAUUUCCGAGCCAAAAACUCCGGAUUAUAAGGCACUUGAAGCCAAAGAAUACAAAGAGGUAGAUGAUAAGUUAUCCCCAAACGCUAAGAUUCUGAGUAAGGAGUUGGGCAGGAAAACUAGUGUUGUUAGGGUGAUGAAACCAUCGACAGUGAUUACAUAA